CGUGAUGGACUGUCGAACGGUUUUUACUCACUUUCAGAGACCUGUCGAGCUCAAUUUUUAUGUUACAGGUGUUCUUUCAUCGUGGGGUAUUUGAAUUUAUUGAAAACAACUCUGUGCAUAUGGCGGAGGGAAAAAUGAUAUAAUUUAAAUUCUUUUCUUCAAAUCAGUUGAUGCUAUACUUUCACAUCAUCAAGAAAUUUGAGCAGCACCACAACCUAAAAGAAAUCAAUUCCCUGAAAGCUCCACUGUAGAUAUCUUAAAACGAUUAGAAAAACAACAGCAACUUGAAGGAAAUAAGAAGACCUUAGAAUCACGCGCUCUCACUCAGGAAGAUGAAGUUCUUGAGGUCAAAGUAUCGCAAGAGCAAAAAAACCUUCUUACGUCUUACCCCACACGAUUUUUGAUCACCUUUCUAGAGGCGCUUAUUGAAAAAGCCGAAGAUGGCCCUAUUUUAAUUAAUAUUCAAGAUGAAUCGUAUGAGAAUUUUUGCCGUUAAUCUGGUUUUAAAUAUAUCCUUUUGAUCAAAGACAUUGGCUCGUGGCUUUUUCCGAAAUAAUGGCCUUGGUGCAGCGUGUGUAAAAGCUAACGGGACAUAAAUCCUUGAAAAAAAACAUUGUAUUUAUUAUUUCAAUCAAAGUCUUGAAGACGCUCUAAAGUUUUGCGAAAAUUUGUCAUAUCUUACAAUCUUACAACUCCGACAAAUCUUUUCAUUCUUAUUCUUAAAUCACUUAAAGUCAUAAAUUUCGUAGUGUUGAUGAGGAAAACAUUUUAUGUAAAUUAGAAACAAGGAAAGCCUUGGCUUUUUUUCGGUCUGAAAAAUUGAGUUCAGAAAGUUGUCCAAUUUUUGAUUGAAUAGGUGUUACGUACGACACCCGAAAUGCAAGAACGUCUUAGAUACCUGGAUAGUACUUUGGGCUCUGCUUCGGGUAACGAGUAUUACGAAAAUCUUUGCAUGAAAGCGCUUUAUCCAUUGUUGGGGAGGAUGCAAACAGAAAUAAGGCAAGCAAAUCUUGUAACUUUAAAGAAAAAAGUUUUUUUGCUUCUCAAUUUCUUUGUGAAGCAGAAACGUACCUCUCAGAUGGAUGAAACACUAAUUGACUUCACCACACCCAAUUCCAAUGCAAAUGGUGCUGUUUAUAUAGACAGCUUAACCGCGCAGUUAUUUUCCAUAUCGGUUUUACCGAAGAAUCAGAACGGUCCUUAUGAAUUCUCUGGCGAUUUUGCUUUAGAUUCGAGACAUACCGAUCCAUCUUUAUGGGAAUGCAUGGCUAAUCAUCAAAACUCUUUGUUUACGCUUAUCAAGCAGUUAUUAAUGCAAGAUGCCAACAACAAACAAAAAAUGUUGGAAUGGUUCGCGAAAUUUGCUAAAACAAAACGCAAGUGAUGCGUUUGUGAUCUGUCUUACGUCUAUGCUGUUGCGGUUGGGGACUCUUCUUUGUGAGUCCGUGCGUAAGGUCAAAUUGUUGUUUAUUGUAUUAAAUCGAAGAGUCAAAAAUUUAUAACAAAUAGAAAUGCAUACCGAAGGGAUUGCAAAGUUUAUAAAUUCUUGAUUAGCAUAUAUAUCAAAAUCUAUAUAGCAAUGGCCGUGGGUCUGUCUUUGGAAUCGUAAUUAAGAAAGUU